GCUUUUUUGCGCGAAAUGCGCGACAGUGCAGUUUUGGCGCUCUCUCUCUCAUGAUUAUAUUUCAUCAUCUUUAGUGUUCACUACUAUACAUACUUUUGUCUUAAUUGACAUACUUUUUUCAUAUUGUCGAUGGAGUACGGGAGGGAAAGAGUGGUUGCAUUACUGGACAUGGACUGCUUUUACGUCCAGGUGGAACAGAGACUAAACYCAGCUUUGAAAAACACUCCCUGUGUGGUAGCACAGUACAAGACGUGGAAAGGAGGAGGUAUCAUAGCUGUGAGCUACGAGGCCAGGGCCCAUGGUGUCACCAGAAACAUGAUGGUGGAUGAUGCCAAAAAGUUGUGCUCAAGUCUCCAGGUGGCCCGAGUGCGCGAGUCUCACGGCAAGGCGGACCUGACAGUUUACAGAGAAGCCAGCGUGGAGGUGAUUGAGGUGAUGUCGCGUUACGCUGUGAUUGAGAGGGCCAGCAUUGAUGAGGCCUAUAUGGAUCUGACAGCCACAGUGCAGCAGCGGCUGAAAGACAUGGCCGAUAAACAGAUAGAUUCCAGUUUGCUUAAGACMACCUACAUUCAGGGGUAUCCACAAAGUAGACUGGAACCCUCCUCUCCAGAUGGUUCCAGUCUAGGUGAAGUUUCCAUCUUGGAUAAAGAGGAAGAGAGGUCCAGAGGUCUCGAGCAGUGGUUGGCAUCCUUUCCUGACUCCUCUCCAGGGGAGCAGAGCUCAGCAGAACUGCAGCUCACUGUGGGGGCGCUCAUUGUAGAAGAAAUGAGAGCCGMUGUGGAGAAACACACAGGUUUCCGAUGCUCAGCAGGCAUAGCCCACAAUAAAGUACUGGCCAAACUGGCCUGUGGUCUGAACAAACCUAACAGACAAACCAUUCUGCCUUUGGAUUCUGUGGCUGAACUUUUCAACUCUCUGCCCGUCAGCAAGAUCCGUAACCUUGGAGGUAAGCUGGGGGUGUCGAUUACUGAAACUCUGGGAGUAGAGAACAUGGGAGAUCUGACUCGCUUCUCUCAGGCUGAACUGGGGAACCACUUUGGAGAAAAAACGGGCCAGUGGCUGUAUGACUUGUGUCGAGGGAUUGAGUUUGAACCUGUAAAACCCAGACAGCUGCCCAAGUCCAUUGGUUGUAGUAAAACCUUUCCAGGGAAGACGUCACUGACUACUAAAGAGCAGGUGCAGUAUUGGCUUCAACAGCUGGCUCUUGAGUUGGAGGAGAGACUGACCAAAGAUCGAGACGUGAACGGUCGGGUGGCAAAGCUGUUGACAGUCGGCGUGCGUCAUCUUGGCGAUAAGAGGCCGAGCAGCUUCUCUCGGUGUUGUGCGUUAGUGCGCUACGAGGCGACCAAAAUAUCCAGCGACAGUUUGGCCAUCAUCARGAGUCUCAAUACAGCAGGAAACCACCAGGCCGCAUGGACUCCACCGCUCACCCUGCUGCACCUCUCAGCCAGCAAAUUCAGCGAUGCGCCGUCUGCUGGAGGAAUCGCAGGCUUUCUGUCCAGUGAGGUCACUUCAACACAACGUCUUUUCUCYUCCCCUCAGCCACCCUCUGAUUCAAAAACGUCAGCUACGUGCAGUCAACCUGGGACCAUUCAAUCCUUCUUUCAGAGAGCAGCGGGGAAACAAAAACAAGCUCAAAGAGAAAUCGAGGAGGAAGAUGACUGCAUGUCCUCUGAGGACGUCCCAACUCCAGUUGUUGUUGAUAAAGAAUCUGCCUCUGAGAGUCAGCUGGAGACCAAAACAAACUCACAGAAAUCUCCCUUUAAAAGUUUGUGUCACUCUAAAGGGAGCUCAUCCAGCCUCCGUCCUGGAAUCUCCUCUUUUUUCCAGAAGAAGAGCUUUGAAAGGAACUCCGCCUCAACGAGCAUGCCUGAAACAGGACCGAAUCCUGGAGUCGUAGAUGCAGACGACUCUAAUGACUCUAAUGAUGUUGGGUCAGAACCAAGCUCUGAGGUUACAGCUCAUCAGGCACCAUCCAAAGAUAUAAAAAAGGAAUCGGACACUGAACAAGCUCUAAAGCUCUGCCCUCAAAGUGACGUUGGACACCUUGUAAGCUGUGAGCGCUGUGGUCAGGACGUCCUCGUCUGGGAGAUGCCUGAACACGACGACUAUCACUUUGCUCUGGACCUCCAGAAAUCCCUCUCCUCUACGAAUUCGUCAGCCGUCGCUUCUUCAUCUUCCUCCGGUCCUUCUCCGGCCCCUCUCAGAUUAGGAGCAGCAGCCCGGCCAUCCAGGGGCAAAACAAAAACCAGAGGCCAGUCCGGUCCUGCAGCAAAAAGACAGYGCUCCCAAGGUGCAAGCGUGGGAACUCUGGAUUUAUUUUUCAAAAAGAAUGAAAAAUAAAGCCUAGCUGAAUUUUUUUCAUGAAUAUUGUUUCUGAUUAUGUUUACAGACUUAUUACCAAUCUGUAAGAACGUUCAGCUUUUUUUAAAAUAAUUUUAUUGUGUUUUGUAAGAACAUUUACACAUCUUAAAGUUAUUUAUUCUGGACUGUGUCGAUUCUAAAAGGUAGUUUUUAAAAGGAGUAAACUAGCAUUAAAACCUUUUCACUUCA